CGUUGACGACUUUAGUCAUAUCCGCAUCACGUGACCAGAUGAGCCAAUCCCGUGUCGGUGUGUCGAUAACCCGGUAGAGACAAAAAUGUCCGAUCAUCCAGUUUAACUUACUUGAGCAGAGUCUUGUCAAGCGGCAAAAUGCUGUCUUCUGGGGACUUGCAACUUCAAGGCUGUCUGCGUAAACUGGAAACUCUCUUGCGGGCAGUCAAGUACCCUGGAAAUGUUGACUACAGCGGCCUGUCCAAAGGAGACCCCUCAGCUUUUCUGCCAAUUUUGAGCUUCACUCUCACCAUCUUCUCUCCACCUUUUGCUGAGCAACUUGUGGCAGCUGGACUGGAGCUGACCGGCAAAACUGACCUGCGAUUCACUGACUCACUCUAUAAGAUUCUGCGAGACAUAUUCCACUAUAAACCCGUCCUCUCUAAGCAACAGUUCCUGCAGAAGGGUUUCUGUCAAAAAAAGAUUUCUACAGUUUGUGACAUUAUUGACUUGGUCCUGAAGAGGAACAAUGAGCUGAAAAAGCCCAGAGUCAGAAAUCCUGUAUCACACAAGCACAUCAGAGGAGAAGAUCAUCCAUCACUAACCAAGCCGGACAUUGUUAAUAUAGUCUCUGACCGUCCUCAUGUUGUAAAUCACAUGCAAAAAGAGGAAUCACCACCACGUCACAGUGAAAUGCCGCUCUUGCAUGAUGACGUGUUUUCAUCCGAUUCUCCUAAAAACUUGAACACCCAGCUUGAUGUACAUGAACAUGAGCAGCAGGAGGAGGAGGAGGAGGAAGAGGAAGAGGAGGAGGAAGAGGAAAAGGAGGAGGAGGAGGAGGAGGAAGAAGAGGCGGUCCUUUCUUCCAAUGUUGAGCAAAGGCUUUCUGCUAUGGAAGUGAAAAUUGAGAGUCUUCUUUGUGGUCUUCAAAGGCUCAGUGCUCUGGAGGAACAUCUGGAGGAGCUAGAGAGCCGAAGUAUCCCUGAAAAAAAGGAGGAAGGAGAAGUCAUCACAAUACCUCGAGAGAGCUGGGAAAAUCUUAUUGGUAGAGUCUUUUUGCUGGAAACCAAAAUGGAACUGGGCCUUGUGAAGUCGUGUGUACCUCCAACAUGCCAGACCUCAUCUGCACCACCCUAUGUCAGCUCCAUGUCUGAUGUUUUAAAGGAUGAUUUAAAAGACAGACUACAUCGGAUCAACAGCAUGCUGAAGAGUACCUCCACGCUGAUUAUUACAGAAUCCUCCACAGAAAACUGAUCAAUGAUUUGCCAUUUUUCCUAUGUAGUAACUUCCAAGUAUUCACAGAAGAUCCUGUUCAUUAUCUGCUAUUGUGAAAAUGUAGUUAUCUUUUUGAGAAAGUUAAAAGGUAUAGAUACUGUACAGACAAACUGGCAGUUGGUGUUGGGUCAUGUUUUCAUCUUGCCAUAAAUUGUCAUUUAAAGGUGCUGUAAAUGGAAAUAUUUUUUAUAAUGAUGUGCUGGCAAAUUAUGCAUUUUUGAAUACAAUCAAUCAUUAAUAUUGCUAUUUUGAGCUCUGCACUGUUGAAGACUCAUCAAGCACCCAUUCACACUUGCUGCCUGUUAGAUAUUAGAAGUAAAAUAAAUGCAGUGUUUCCACCAAUUUACAGCGAAGAGGUGGCAGGGGCAUCAACUGUUCGCCUUACCCCCAAAUUUUCUAAAUGAUCGUUAUCUCUAUAUACCAUAACUAGAUUAAAUGUGUCUUAAAACCAUAAUUUAUGUUUUCUGUCAUUGUUUGUUGAUAUUACUUGUUUAUGUUGUAAUUCCUUGGCUGUUUCUGCCACAUCAUGUCAUUAGCAGGAGGCACAAAUAAGUCUGUUAAUAGGUUAAAGCAGACGGGAAAGGACGCACGAUGUCUUUUUAAAUGAUUUAUUUUGACACAGAGUAAUUAGAUACACCAUGUAAGAAUGUGAUAAUGCUGGCAGUGUUAUUAGUUGUGCAAGUGUAACUAUGUGAGCCUGAUGUGAUGAAUUUUUGGAGGAUAACCAAACUAAACGGCUGCGAUGUCUUUUAACUUAUGCUUAAGAGACGUAUGACGUAAUUUGCGUUGUGAAAAAAAUAAAUAAUGUCUUUGUUUUUCCAAAUUAUACAGUAUGUCACAACACUGUUCUUUAGCAGCUCAUUGUAUUUUUAGCAUACUACAAGACAUUUG